AUGGAAAAGUGCAAAAACUUAUGGAGUGCCUUUUACCGGCAUAAGGUUGUACAGUUUUUGAUAUCGCAAUGGUUUUUCAUCACGCUUGCCGUGUUCAUUGUUCUGGCGAAUUUCUUUCCCAACUUUGCGAGACACGGCGGAACGAUUAGGGCCGAGUACAGCAUUGGAUAUGGCGCCGUAGCUGCAAUUUUCCUGCAGAGCGGGUUGAGCAUGAAAACGCGUAAGCUAUGCUAUAACCUGGGCAACUGGCGCGCUCACACGUCAGUUCUCACUAUAAGUUUUUUGGUGACGAGCUCGAUCAUGUUUGGCCUCUGUUGUGCGAUUCAAAAGGCCAACGACCCGGCCAUUGAUAGCUGGGUUCUGAUGGGGUUGAUAGUGACGGCUACGUGUCCCACUACCGUAGCUUCAAAUGUGGUAAUGACGCAGAAGGCAGGCGGCAACGAUCUAUUGUGCUUGUGUGAGGUAUUCAUAGGAAACGUCCUAGGUGCAUUUGUUACGCCCGCGUUGGUGCAGAUGUACACCUCUAUGGGACUUUUUGAAUUUGGAAACCCGGCAGCUGGAACCAGCAUCUCGCAUUUAUAUGCGGAUGUUAUGAAGCAGAUUGGACUGUCUGUCUUUAUCCCGCUUUUCGUGGGACAGGUUCUACAAAAUGUCUUUCCAAAACAGGUGUCGUGGGUUCUCACCACAUUCAAAUUGAAUAAAGUCGGCAGUUUUUGCUUGAUUCUUAUUAUGUGGAGCUCUUUCUCCACGGCCUUUUACCAGCGCGCGUUCCGGAGCGUAUCUCACGCCUGUAUCAUAUUUGUGGUAUUUUUCAAUCUUGGAUUAUAUCUGUUCUACACUGUCAUUUGCUACAUUUGGGCAAGGCCUUGGUUCUUGCAAAAGAUUUUCCAUCAGAAGCCACGCGAAGGUUCGUCAACAUUUUACAAUUUAUGUUACCGAAUUUUCCAGCCCUUCUACUGCUCAAAAAAAGAUAGCAUAGCCAUCAUGUUUUGUGGUGCUGCCAAGACUGCAGCCCUUGGAGUUUCUCUCGUUUCUUCGCAAUAUGGUAGUGACUCCCCUCAUUUGGGCAAAUUACUUGUUCCUCUCGUACUGUAUCAAAGCGAGCAAGUGAUGACUGCUAACCUCCUGGUUCCCUUUUUAAAAAGAUGGGCGUCCGACGAAUGUGAGGACGAAGACACUUCAAAAGAUCAAGAUUUGGAGAGUGGCGGGCUCUCUUCACGUCAGGAUAGGCCAGAUUCACACCAUGACAGUACAGACUCUUCAUCUGAAAUCAAGUGA